AUCUAUAACCAUUAUCUGAAAAAUUAUAUUAUUUUAACUUAUGGAAAAACAUUUUAAGUGCAAUUGUUUUAUACUCAAUUUGUGUAUUUUUCGCUUCGAUGUUCAUUAAUUUUAUUUUAACAAAUCAAAUCUUUUACUUAUUUCAUUAUGUAAAAAAUAUUUUGGCAAUAUUUUGUACUAAGUGUCGCCAUCUGGCGGUAGACAUUCCAACUUUUAUGCUUGAUUUUGCACCGGCUAAACUUUUUCUUUGCGCAGCUUUCAUCGCUGUUAACCGUUUCAAAAUCAACAGUUAGCCAGUUAGCAGCGCUGUUAAGGGCAUAACAACUUGUUGUCCUGCCGCUGUUAAGGAUUCGGUUCGCCCAUUUCAACUCAUUCGUCAACAGACUCUCGUGCGGUUCGGUUCUCAGCCUCAGCCUCUGAAUUCUGCAACUCAAAUCACUGGUCACUGGUCAUUGGUCACUGGUCACUGGUCACAGUUCACAGUCGCACUGCUUUUUCCGGUUUUCGAAACAAUUUUCGAAAGUGUUGAACAAAUUUUUUUUUGUUUUUGUGCUAAGCUAAGAAAUUGAAAUUGAAAUUAAAUUAGAGCUUUGGCCACAACCGUUUUGAAUAGGGUUUUUCCAAUUCAAGUAACGACCGAGCCGAAGUGAAAGUGUGUGUGGCAAAUAUUUGAAUCCCAUUUGCGUUCCGAAUCGGCGAAGGAUUAAGCGGAGCAAGCUUGAAAAAAAAGAAAGAGCAAAGACCGCAGUCAAAGAAAUAGCUGGUCAGUCAGAAUGCGUCGCUCCUCGUUCACGCCGGUCUUCAAUCUGAGCACCCAGGAGCCGCUUAUUGUGGUGGAGGAGUCGCACACCGCCGAGGAUGGCGACGACCUUGAGGGGGCGGCCGGUGGCUGUGACCCGAACGCGGGUGGCACUCGGCGCUCGAACAGCGACGACUCGGAGCCGGACUCGCCGGUGAACCCGUACCUGCUCUGCCCCUUUCCCGACAUGCAGCAGCGGCGCAAGCACUCGCUGCCCUCGCUCCAAAUCACCGAGGGCAUCACCGCCAGCCAGGUGCGCCGCCUGUCGGAGGUGGGCGGCGAGACCGGCGGGCUCAGUCCCAAGGAGGUCGAGUUCCUGGCCACCCUCUCUCAGAAGGCCAAUCCCUCGGCCGGCGGACGGCGCCACUCGGUGGUCACCAUUUCGGCGGUGCCGCCAACGCUAUUCGGACGCAAUCGCCGCGAGUCCAUUUCCGGCGUGUCCUUCAGUGGUGGCAGUCGCCGGGGCAGCGUGAUCGCCGGACCGCCGCUGACCGACCAUCGCGGCAGCGUGCACAACUUGCAGCUGGACAUCAUGGACGGGAUCGUGCAGCAGCGGAAGACGCGCAGCGGCAGCGGCGUUUGGACAGCGCCCGUUCUCCAGGAGGCCGACAGCAAUGUGCCCGUGCAGACAUAAGCGGUUGGCCAAAGGACACGCAGGACAUCUAGUUGGAUGGAUGGAUGGAUGGUUGGGUGGAUUGGCAAAAGGAGGGGGGGUGGGUGGUCACUAUACAAACACCGCCACACGAACUGCAACUGGACCUUAUUAACAACAAUUCCUGUUUUCCUCGACACAACUUCCCCACCAAACAUACCAACCACCCACCCACCCCAAUCCCGAUUUCGCGCUGGGAAAUUGCUUUUCGCGGCUGCCGCAUAAAGCAAACAAACAAACAAGCCGCAAACCCGCACGAAAAAAAUCAUACGAAAAAUGGCAGAGCGGGAAAACUGAAAAGAAAAUAGCAAACAAAAAUGAUAAAACUUCGAAAAAAAUGAAAAACUGCAGCUCAAGAUAAAAAGAAAUGGGAGAAAAAAAAAUAUAAAAAUGAAAGAAGAAAAGAAGGCAAGAGAAAACAAAAUAAAACGAAAUGAAAAGAAAACAGUGAAAAACGCAUCGCGACCAUUUUUGAUUGCCAGCAAUUUCGGUUAACACCUGUGCCACGUGCCACGCCCACCAAUGUCGCCAGUCCCCAAACGCUCCCCUCACUCCUACCCCCACACUUGCGACUUAACAAUUGCCACCCCUUUUUUUGCAAGGAUAAUUGCAAAUAAUAUUUAAUUGGAGUGUUAAAGAAGAAUGACAAAGGAAAGCAAAGAUAGCGCGCAACACUCGAAACUCGAAACCACUUCCACGAAAUAAUGGCAUUUCCAUUUCUUAGAUGAUCGAAAAAAAAACAAGGAACAAUUAACCACAGUUCCAUCAGCAUCCGGUUUAAAUAUAAUAUACAACUCUAUGUAAUCAAACUGUAAUGACACAUGAAAUUUAAUCUAUAUAUUGUAUAUUCAGGAAUUGAUAAAUUAGAUUUACUAGCGAAACGAAGCAAAAAAAAACAAAAAAAAAACGGAAUAAAAAAUAACUAUUUACUUAGGACCUAGUUGCUCCUCAUUGUUUGGAUGUUGUGUAGACUCGUGAACCACCGCAUGGAAAAAGAUGAAACCACCAAUGAAGAUACUAAGAUACAAUCCCACAGACUUUAUAUCUAUAGAGCAGAAUCCAACUCAAUUAGAAGUGGAUAUCCUCAGGUGCUUUUUGAUCUAGCUUGUUUUUCCAUUCGUCAGUUAUGCCAUUUAUUCCCGAUUGAUUCAAUCAACAAAUGCAAUCGAAAUUCAAGAGAGUUGUCAAAUGUACCAUGUACCUUAAAAACAAAAGAGGAAAAAAACCCAACAUUAAACUUUAAAAUGGAAUAUACAAAAUUAAUAUAAAACCUUAGGCUAAGAGAAAAAGGUUUAAUCGCAAAACCAGCAAUAAAUCGAAUUGAAAAUCAAUCUAAAACUAUUUUUGAACUGGGCUUGCUGCUGAUUUGCCCAGCCCAGCAGGUCAGCCAGCCUUUAGUUCGAGUAGCCAUCCCCAAAAAAAAUAACAAAUCUAAAACCCCAGCGAGAAAUUGUGAGAGUUUGGAGAUUUCUUUGAUUUUAUUUCGGUGUUGUGGGGUGACAAAAGGCAAUUCAUUAAAAUCAAACGAAGAGGUGUCCAAGAACAAGACAAGUUUUUAGAAUAAAUUAAAUAUUUUUUCCCGACACUGAUCUCACUUUCUUUAUAUUUUAUUUGUAAAGAUGUUACAAAUGUAUUACUUAGCUACGCCUUAAAUUUAUUUCCCUCAGAAUAUUUGAAAUUGUUUUAUAAUAUGUUUAAAAAUGUUUUAUUUAAUUAAUUGAAAUGCAUUAAAAACAAAUAAGAACUACUUUAAAUCUAAAUGUUCCACAUUCACAAAAAUAUUUUAAUAGUAAAUCAUGUCAAUUAAUUUAAAAAUUGAGUGCUAAAUGUUGAAUUCAAUAGUCCGGUAUUUUUUACUAUUUUUUUUUUUCAGUACAUUUAACAAAUAUAUAUAUUUAUCUAUAAGGAAAAAGAGUAAAUUUUAUUGUCGCAAUUUUAAAUUUAUAUUAAUUCGUUUGCCACCCCUCUUAAAUAUUAGACCAUUGCCUAGCUUAAUUAAAGUUACCGCAACUGAAAAUGGAAAUUCAAAUUGAAGAGAUCAGCAGGCUCUCGAGUCGCAGCAGUUUUCUUUUUAUAUAGGUCUCGAUGUUGUUAUUGCUUAUAGAGUAUAUACACAUAAACAUAGGGUACAGCCUCGUCAUAAUUACAUUUAGAAUGUACAUAACAAAAUACUCGAAUAUUUAAUUUACUCUUCGUGUUCCUCCAUUCGAAAACGGAAAACGAGUUUGCGCCUUCUUAGCACUCCGGAAAAAUGAAGGAAAAUGCCCAACAUUAAAUGGAAAAAAAGGGGGGGAGGGGGGAAACUAAAGAACUCCCAAAAAGGCAAAAUCCCUUGCCUCUAUUUUCACCUAAGAAAAUGUCGCUGGACGACGAAGAAAAACUUAUAAAAGGAGAGACGUAUGUAAAACAGAAAAGCUAGAGAAUUUUUUUAUUAUUAAACAUAGUCAAGGAUAAUCAACAAAGAGACGAGGGGACAAAGAAACCCAAGGCUGGCAGAAUGAUUAUGAGAUACAAAGGACGCAAAAGAUAUAUUUAUAGAAAUGAACUAUAUGUAUACAUACUGACAGAUUGAUUAUAUGAUUAUAUAGUAACUUAUUGUCACAACGCAAGAGCAAUCAAUGUUUAACUUUAUUAAAUGUUACAAAGAGUUUUAAAUAAUAAAUAUACUUAAAGAAAAUAUAUACAGAUAUACCUAUAUAUUGCAGAUUAUAUUCUAUACAUAUAAUUUGUAGGUGAAGCUAAGAAUAAUAAAAAAAUAGACGUACUUUGUAUUUCGCCAUUAUGUUUGCCAAAAAUCGGAAGUUGUGUGGCCAUAUUUUAAAAUCCAGAAAAAUGUUUGAUGUACACCUUUACUGGAUAGUUUUCUAGUUUCUCAUUAAGCCCAUUUGUAAAUCUAUUGUAUCCGCCAAAUUAAUACUCCACCAUGAAUAUUCAAAUUAUACAACCCUCAAAUCUUUUAAAAAAUAAAAGAACAAAAAUUAAAAAGUCACAAAAGCCUAUAUAAAAAAUGGUCCGAACUGGCACUUUUCAUACAUUUUUUUGUUAAUAUUCAUUGAUAGACCGUUACUUAUUUUUUGUCUUAGCAAUAAUAAUAUAAAUUAAUACAAAAAACGUGUGUGUCGCUCUGUCUCUGUCUCUAUUGUGUUUGAGAAUACUCGUAACUUAUAAUGAAUAUUAUUACUAAACUAAAGCAAACAAAUAAAGAAAAGUGAGAAUCCAAAAACGGAGGAAAAUGCAGAACAAAAUCCACAACAUUGAUAAAAUUAAUAAUUAAAACGAUUACAUGCAGUAGACUUAAGAAAUACAAAGAUUAAAUAAAGAAAACGAUUUCCUUAAA